ACGGAGUGUUCCAGUGAACAAGAUUCAGUCCUGGCAUAUGUGCAACUCUCCAAGGAAGAAAGUGAACAAAUGUUACUAAUGAACGUACAUGAAAUUCAGAGCAAACUUCGGGACAAGUUUUGUCUGGAUUCAGAAACCAGUCUAAAGGAUGCAGCAGUGUUAGAUUACUACGUGGGAGCCACGCACUGGGGACAGCAGCAAGGGUACAGCGUACAGCAGCUGUCUGUGCUGUUUACAAUGGUUCAUACUUUGUUGAACAAAAUCAAAGAGGAACAAGUUCCCCUGGUUGAUUUGAUCUCAGAAUUUCACAACAUGAUAGCUAUGACCUGUAGAGAUACCACAACAGAAAACAUUUUCAGCAUUCAGCAGUCUAAAGCAAUCACAGAUUUCCUUUCCUCCAGCUUGUUUCAGCACUACACGUUAUAUCAGUUCCUGUUUUCCACGCCUCAAGACGAGGAGAUUAUCACCAAAGAUUUUUUUGUGGAAGUUCCUGUCCCUUACGGUGUACCCUUCCCAAAGUCUCUGGAUGAGGGAUUGCCAGAGGAAAUAUUUACAACCAUCUCUGCACUUGAGUCCCUCCAACUGGAAACUGCAACAGAGAGCCAGGAGGACACAGAUACGAGUGAGACUAAAUGCGAGACACCCAUCGAGGUUGAGCUGCCACCAGAUGCAAACAAUAUUUUUGAAAAACUGACUCCUGAAGAUGUCAAGGCUGUUAUCACUGAAACUUGUGCUGUUAUUUUAAACAACUUGGAGAAAGAUGUAGAGAAGAAAAUCACACAACAGAAAGCAACAGCUCUGACAAAACUAAACAUGAUCCAGAAUAUUCCGCCUUUAUCUGGAAAGUCUUCGGACAGCAAGUAG